CGCCACCGCCUCCUCCUCCUCCUCCUCUCACUCUAAUCAUCGAUCUCGUCCACCUCACCUUACCCGAAAAGCAGCAAGCAGAGACGGAAAAGGCAGCAAGCUAGAGUACACUGCUUUUCCGCUCUAUAAAUCCUCCGGCGGAGUCGGGAGCCAUAGCCUUCUCGAUCUCCUCUCAUCGCUAUCCUGCCUGCCUCCUCGAUCUGCUCUGCUGAUCUGCCUGCAGCAGCAGGCCAGCUCAACAGAAUCGAUCAGCAAUAUGGUUUCUGCCGGAGGUCAUGGCGGCGCCGACGACGGCACGGUCAUCGACUACCGGGGUAACCCGGUCGAUAAGUCCAAGACCGGUGGAUGGCUCGGCGCCGGGCUUAUCCUAGGGACGGAGCUGGCGGAGCGGGUGUGCGUGAUGGGCAUCUCGAUGAACCUGGUCACGUACCUCGUCGGCGACCUCCACCUCUCCAACGCCAAGUCCGCCAACAUCGUCACCAACUUCAUGGGCACGCUCAACCUCCUCGCCCUCGUCGGCGGCUUCCUCGCCGACGCCAAGCUCGGCCGCUACCUCACCAUCGCCAUCUCCGCCACCAUCGCCGCCACCGGCGUGAGCUUGCUGACGGUGGACACGAUGCUGCCGGGGAUGCGGCCGCCGCCGUGCGAGGACGCGCGCGGCGCAGGGGCGCACAUGCGGUGCGUGCCGGCGCGGGGCGGGCAGCUGGCGAUGCUGUACGCGGCCCUCUACACGGUCGCGGCGGGGGCCGGGGGCCUGAAGGCGAAUGUCUCCGGGUUCGGCUCCGACCAGUUCGACGGGCGGGACCCGCGGGAGGAGCGCGCCAUGGUCUUCUUCUUUAACCGCUUCUACUUCUGCAUCAGCCUCGGCUCCCUGUUCGCGGUCACCGUGCUGGUGUACGUCCAGGACAACGUCGGCCGCGGGUGGGGCUACGGCGUCUCCGCCGUCGCCAUGGUCCUCGCCGUCGCCGUGCUCGUCGCCGGCACGCCCAAGUACCGGUACCGCCGCCCCGAGGGGAGCCCGCUUACCGUCAUCGGUAGGGUUCUUCUGACGGCGUGGACGAACCGCAGGCUGCCUCUUCCCGCCGACGCCGGCGAGCUCCAUGGCUACCACACGUCCAAGGUGGCCUACACUGACCGCCUCAGGUGCCUGGACAGGGCGGCGAUCGUGGAGGCGGACCUGGCCGCGUCGCCGGCGAAGAAGCAGGCGUCGUCGUCGGCGUCGGCGAUGACGGUGACGGAGGUGGAGGAGGUGAAGAUGGUGGUGAAGCUGCUGCCCAUCUGGUCGACCUGCAUCCUCUUCUGGACGGUGUACUCCCAGAUGACCACCUUCUCCGUGGAGCAGGCCACCCGCAUGGACCGCCACCUCCGCCCCGGCGCCGCCUCCGGGUUCGCCAUCCCGGCCGGCUCGCUCUCCGUCUUCCUCUUCCUCUCCAUCCUCCUCUUCACCUCCGUCAACGAGCGCGUCCUCGUGCCGGUGGCCAGCCGCCUCACGCGGCGCCCGCAGGGGCUCACCUCGCUCCAGCGCGUCGGCGCGGGCCUCUUCCUCGCCACCGUCGCCAUGGCCGUCGCCGCGCUCGUCGAGAAGAAGCGCCGCAACGCCACUAACAACGGCGGGGCCAUGGUCAGCGCGUUCUGGCUGGUGCCGCAGUUCUUCCUGGUGGGCGCCGGCGAGGCGUUCGCGUACGUGGGGCAGCUGGAGUUCUUCAUCCGCGAGGCGCCGGAGCGGAUGAAGUCCAUGAGCACGGGGCUGUUCCUGGUGACGCUGUCCAUGGGGUUCUUCCUCAGCAGCUUCCUCGUCUUCGUCGUCGACGCCGUCACGCGCGGCGCGUGGAUACGGAACAACCUCGACGCCGGGAGGCUGGACCUCUUCUACUGGAUGCUGGCCGUGCUCGGGGUCGUCAACUUCGCGGCGUUCCUGGCGUUCGCGAGGCGGCACGAGUACAAGCAGCCCGGCGCGGCUACCGUGGUGGCGCCCGCCGCCGACGACGGCGCGCGCGGCGGCGAGGAGAAGGAGAUGGACGACGUCGUCGUGGUCAAGGAGGCCGUCGAAGGGAUGGACGUGUAGUGUCUGUGUACGUAUGUAGGUGUGGUCGUAGCAUAAAGGUUUGGGUUUUUGAGGUAGUGUGUAUUACUGCAGUAUGUGCUAAUAGCAGUUAAUUUUCGUUUAGGGCAUGAUGCUAUAGCUUCGAUCUCCUGUAAAAUGUUAAAAAGGAGAUCGAUGAGCUGAGUGAGAUGUUUGUCAAGUGAAGAUCAACGAGUUUGUUUUGUGAA